CGAAGAGAGUUACAACGUCACGGAUUACUCUUUGAGGGACCAGCUGGUGGUACAGCAGUGUGACAGUGAGGACCCCACUUCUUCUCCUGUAAAGAACACCUCAGCUGUGCUGUACUCGCGGCAGAGCUCUGCCACUCACCUCUUCAGGCUCGCCGUCCUCAGCAACCACGCGGGAGAGAGGGUGGAGAUGCUCCUGGGAACGGACACUCAGAGCGACAGAGCUCGCUGGAUUACAGCGCUCGGCCAGGACAGAGACGGGCAGAAAACGGACAGGACAACUUUGACUCAGGUGGAGAUCAUCAGAACUUACACAGCAAAGCAGUCAGAUGAACUGUCUCUUCAAGUUGCUGAUGUUGUCCUGGUUUAUCAGAAAGUGAAUGACGGUUGGUACGAAGGGGAACGACUGCGGGACGGUGAAAGAGGCUGGUUCCCCAUGGAGUGUGCCAAGGAAAUCACGUGUCGUGCCACGAUUGACAAGAACAUGGAACGGAUGGGACGCUUGCUUGGACUGGAAACCAACGUCUAG